AUGGUUAUUCCAUGCACUCAAAGCUACAUGUCCAAAAGCCAGAUUUGGGUUGAAGGUAAAGGCGAGUGUCCGUGCCCCGACCCCGAGGCCUUUCCGCAACGGGCCACACCGCUGGUUAUUGAGGUCUUUGCCGGCACGGCUCGGCUCAGCACUGCCUGUCAGCGGCUGGGUUUCAGAACGCUUGCAAUUGACAAAUCCACCGCACGUGGACGCUUCCCCAUACAACGCCUUGACCUCACCGAUGCUGACGACCUUUGCAUUCUUCUGGAUAUCAUCCGUCUCGAGGCGGCCAAUAUUGUCUGGAUCCAUUGUGCGCCACCAUGUGGCACUGCGUCUGCGGCGCGCUCGAGACCCAUUCCAGAAUUGACUGCUGCUGGUGUUCGGGUGCCGCAACCUUUGCGCAGCACCUCCGAACCCCAAGGACUCUCCACUUUGACUGGCGCCGAUCUUGAACGAGUUCAGAAGGCCAAUAUGCUCUACCGUGCCGUCGGGCAAAUUGCUGACCUGGCUCGACAAUUCAACAUCUUUGUCACCGUGGAAAACCCACGCAACUCUUUGGCUUGGUUGUGCGAUGGCCUGGACGAGCUGUUCCGCUCACCACAUCACACCGUGGUCUAUGAUGCCUGCAUGCAUGGUGGCACACGUGACAAAACCACUCUGUUGUGGUGUUCUGCCGAUUGGUUUCAGCCUCUCGCUCUCCGAUGUUCACGCGACCACCAGCAUGCUUCUUGGAAACCUCGUUUGCAGCCACAUGCUACCUCUUUUCCGACUGCUGAUGAGGCAGCAUACCCAGUGCUGCUUUGUGAACGAAUGGCCCACAUCAUUGCCGCACGUGCUGGGGGACUGGCGCUUGCGGCGCCCGACCCGCGCCCUUUUUCCCAGGUAUACUUGCAGCGACAGCCUCGCUUUGCACGACCAUUGGUUGCCUGCUACUCUGGAAGUGAUGACUGGGCCAUCCCUGUUCGAUCCGAUGACCUCACCUCCACGCUGCUGGCUUGCUACCCAAAGGGAGCGCGCAUUAUUCAACGCAAACUGGUAUCCUGGGGUAUGGUGCGGGUUUGCGUGCCUUCCAAAUGCACAGGCAUCGACCUGUCGUCGUUGCAUUCCAAAUACCCCCAACGGGUGAAGAUCGCUGAUUGUAUUGAGGAGGACCACCUCAAGCAUGACGAGACAGUUGCGAUAACAGGUUUCGUUGCUGCGGACGAUCCGUGCUCCGAGCAUGCGGAGAUUGUUUCUGUUGGAAUACCCAAAGAACCUUGCGACUUUGUGGCGGAUGCCGUAAAAGCUGGACAUCCUAGGAACGCUUGGAACGCGAGCCGGGAAGGACCUUCCUCCAAAGUUGCAGAUGCCAUCCUAAUGGAUUUCGAACGGAGAGAGCGGCUUGCCUCAAGAACCAAGGAUCGUUGGAGUCAGAUUGCAGCCACGACGAAGCCUUUGAAUCACAACAUGUUGAAGCACAAGCCGGACUACAUUGUGACUGCGUUAGGGGAUAAGAACCUUUUGGCCUGGAAAAGUAUUCUUGGUGACAAUGGCUUCCCGGACCAACAACUCUGGUCCGACCUGCGUGAUGGACUUAGGCUGACUGGCUGGAUGCGGGACACUGGAAUCUUCGACAAGAAAGUCCGUCCCCCACAAACAUCGCUGGAGCACCUGCUAAGUCAAUCCCAGUACCAGACACCGUUGACCUUGAAAAGGCUACAGAAGACUGUUGUUGACAUCACGGCACGCAAGGCGUGGGCUGAAACAGUGGAGGAAGAGAAGAAGGGAUGGAUCUUUCGGGAUGAAAGUGCAAAUCUUGAUGACAUAGUCUUGGCCCAUCGUUUCGGCUUGCAACAGAAGGACAAAGUUCGCGUGAUCGACAAUGGCAAGGAGUGUGGCCUCAACUUGGCGUGUGGGCUACCAGAGAAGUUCACCUUGCAUGGAGUGGACGUACUUGCUGGGGUUUUCAUUGAGUUGCUCAACCGCCCUGAAGCUGCCGGCAAAAGGAUCAAAGGGAAAACCAUCGAUCUUGUCUCUGCGUACAAAUUCUAUCCAAUCCACCCUCAAGACAGGCGUCACUUGAGGAUCGGGGUUUACGACACCGACUCUGGCAUGGUCAGGAUUUAUGGAACCAACGUUCUUCCUUUCGGUGCCACCGGAAGUGUGGCGGGCUUCCUGCGAGUUUCGGCGGCGAUUUGGCAUACGGGCAUCCAGGACCUUGGCCUGGGAUGGUGCGCCUACUUUGAUGAUUUUCCUUUGAUGGCUCUUGAAGGUCAUGAAGACCAGGUUGGAGGAUUGGCUGGUGAAGUGUUCGACGCACUGGGGAUCCAAUACGCAAAGGAGGGUAAGAAGGCCACUGACUUCGAUUACACCUUUGCCGCCCUGGGAUUGCAGUAUGACUUGACGAGAUUCAAUGAGGGGGUGGUCAUCAUUCGGCAUACGGAAGCACGUACUGCGGAGCUGGUGGAAACUCUUGAAGGAAUCUUACGUGAUGCUGCACUUCGACCUAAGGAUGCGGAAGUUUUGAGGGGAAGGAUGCACUGGUUUACUUCGUAUCUUUUCGGUCGUGCGCCGUGUGAGGCGAUGAGACAAAUAUCCUUGAGGGCACAAUGUAUGGACUCGUGCACAAGGCUCACUGACGACUUGACUGAGGCGAUUCGAACUUUGCUCCGCUACGUGGUGGAUUCCAGGCCACUGGAGCUGAGGCAAACGACAGGACGUGAACUUUAUGUUUUUACAGAUGGCUCGUAUGAGCCCACAGCCGAGAAGCGAGCCGGCAUCGGUGGCGUUCUCUAUGACAGCGCUGGCACGCCGUUGUCGUUCUUCUCUGCACAGGUGAAUGAGGACGAUCUGCGGGCUCUUGAGGAAACUUCUGAUCACCCGAUAUAUGAGGUGGAACUGUAUGCCGCGUUGGUUGCAGUUGAGCUUUGGGGACCCUUAUUAGAAGAUUCCUUUUCCGUUUUUUACCUUGAUAAUGAAGCCGCUCAGUCAGCACUCAUUGCGGGCCGUUCGGGCACGGAUCAUGGAAGGAAGCUGGUCCAACGUUUCCUGGAUGCUGAACACAGGUGGCGGGCAAGGCCAUGGUUCGGGCGAGUCCCGACACAUUCGAAUCCAGCGGACGAGCCAAGCCGCGACUGCUGCAAAAGGCUCUUGAAUCAAGGCGCUCAGCGGAUGCAGACUAGUGGUGAGAGGCUGCUUGUUUGA